AAAAACAAUAAGAUAAAAAUAAACUCAACCGACGAGAGAUAUCUAUUACGUGUUUUCCAAGCGAAAUACUAAAAUUGUAAAGCUCACACUUCCUGCUCUCUGCUCUGCUUCUCUCUCUGUGAAUUGUGGUUUUUGUUCUUUUUUUUUUUUUUUUAAUUUAAGGACUGUUUGGUUAUGAGCUUCUCCUCUUUUUUUUCCAUGGUGUUUGUCGGGUUGAGGAGUCGUUGAAUGGGCGGUGGUGAGUUUUGAAAGAGUUGUUUUGUUCUGUUUGGUUUGGGGGUGGAGUAGGAGAGGAAAACAGUGAAAAAUGCGGAAAUCGUUUAAGGAUUCUCUUAAGGCUCUUGAAGCCGAUAUUCAAUUUGCCAAUACACUUGCUUCUGAUUAUCCUAGGGAAUUUGACGGUGCCUACCUUCAAAUGAGAUUGUCUUACAGUCCUGCUGCUCAGUUUUUCCUCUUUCUUGUUCAGUGGACUGAUUGCCACCUUGCUGGUGCCUUGGGACUGCUUAGGAUUCUCAUAUACAAGGCUUAUGAGGAUGGAAAGACAACCAUGUCUAUUCAUGAAAGAAAAGCUAGUAUAAGAGAGUUUUAUGGGGUGAUAUUUCCUUCUUUAUUGCAACUUCAAAGGGGAAUAAAUGAUGUAGAAGAGAGGAAACAGAAAGAGAUUUGCGCUAAGUACAAAAAGAAAGAUGAAAUGGACAGAGGAAAGUUGUCUGAAAUUGAUCUAGAGAGGGAAGAAGAAUGUGGAAUUUGUAUGGAAAUGAACACCAAGGUUGUAUUGCCCAAAUGCAGUCAUUCCAUGUGUAUGAAGUGCUAUCGGAAUUGGCGGGCACGGUCCCAGUCAUGUCCUUUCUGCCGGGACAGUCUUAAGAGAGUAAACUCGGGUGACCUCUGGAUCUACACCGGCAAAAAUGAGGUUGUCGACUUGUCGUCGAUUACCAGGGAGAAUUUAAAGAGAUUAUUUGUAUACAUUGACAAGUUACCUCUCAUUGUUCCAGAGCCAAUGUUUGCUUCCUAUGAUCCUUGUCACCGAUGAAUAUCAGGCUUAGAGAUCUGUAUAUAAUUAUUUAGUUGAUUGUAUAUGAUUAUUGUUUUUCCUUUCUCAGGAACACAUUCUAAGUUGUACAUACAUGUUGAUGAUUACUGGAUAAUUUUAUUUAUUCAUUUAGAUUAUACGUUGGAAUUCAAUGCAUAUUCUGUUUUCUUGUU